AUGACAGACUACCUCGUUACUGUACUUCAGAUGCCCAUGUAUCCAAACUGGGCUCCUGAAAACCCCUGUUCACCCAAAAGACACGAAGCUGACAGACAAGAGAGGCACGAAUCAAGGCAGCGUUCUGCCAGCCCUAGCCCGAAACGUUCAAGACGCUCAAGCUCUGGCCAUGCCAGGCAUUGGACUCGGUCACGAUCAAGGAGCUCUGGGCGUCACAGGGCAAGUCGACCAAGAAGUCGAAGUCCAAGUCGGCAUUCUGCCAGUCCUUGCCCAAAACAUUCAAGAUGCUCAGGCUCUGGCUAUGCCAGGCAUCGAACUCGGUCACGAUCAAGGAGCUCUGAGCGUCACAGGACAAGUCGACCAAGAAGUCGAAGUCCAAGGCACCCUCCUAGUCCCAGACACCAUUCACGGUCUCCACGGCAAUCUUCGCAUUCUAAUAAAUUGUCUCAAAAUUCUUCCAGCAAGGAGAGAAUAUCCGGAAGCUCAACUAAAUCUACAGAGGGACGACAUGCCAAGACACCUUGUUCCAAAAAAGAGUACAGUGAACAGAAAUGGACCUGCAGUGGUCCAGACUGUCAGAAAAAGAGAGGUGAAGAUUUGGAGCAGACAAGGGAGGAUGCCCCGCACCAGAAGCUGUCUGCGGAUGAGAGAAGAAGCAAAGAGCAGACGUGCGAUAAGCUGGUGCCAGAAGGACGAUCACGUGUAGAGCCUGAACACUCGGCAUUGGCUUCCCUCACAGAAAAAAGUGUCCUUCAGGCCAUGGCGCAGCUUCAGGCGCAAGGGGCAGCAGGGGGAACACUCAGCGAAGGAAGGAACUCUGCUCAGCUUGCUGCCAGGUUGACAAACACGUCUGCUGCGUCUUCUGACCUUAUCUCCAUGAUCCAGCAGGUUGCAACGCAGGUAAUCACAGCUGUCUUAGAUUCCAGAGGAGCAUCAACAACAAGAGCAAGCAGAAGAGAUCCAAACCGCCAUCGAGUUAAGUCUGUGACCAAGAAGGCCAAGAGCCAAAGUUUGGGGGAUCCGAGUACCCAGCAAGGCACUGCUAAGGGCACCAAGGGUCCGAGUACCCAGCAUGGCACUGCGAAGGGCAGCAAGGAUCCAAGUACCAAGCAAGGCACCACGAAGGGCACCAAAGGUCCGAGUACCAAGCAUGGCACUACAAAGAGCGCCAAGGGUCUGAGUACCCACAAAGGCAGUGCGAAGGACACCAAAGGUCCGCGUACCCAGCAGGGCACUGCAAAGAACGCCAAGGGUCUGAGUCCCCACAAAGGCAGUGCGAAGGACACCAAAGGUCCGCGUACCCAGCAGGGCACUGCGAAGGGCACCAAGGGUCCAAGUCCCCACAAAGGCAGUGCGAAGGACACCAAAGGUCCGCGUACCCAGCAGGGCACUGCGAAGGGCACCAAGGGUCCGAGUCCCCAGCAGGGCACUGACAAGAACACCAAGGGUCCGAGUCCCCACAAAGGCAGUGCGAAGGACACCAAAAGUCCGAGUACCCAGCAGGGCACUGCGAAGGACACCAAGGGUCCGAGUCCCCAGCAGGGCACAGUAGAGGGCACCAAGGGUCCAAGUUCCCAGCAAGCCAGUGCGGAUGGCACCAAGGGUCCGAGUCCCCAGGAAGGCAGCGCAGACGGCAUCAAGGGUCCGAGUUCCCAGCAAGGCACUGACAAGGACACCAAGGGUCCGAGUCCCCAGCAGGGCACUGCUAAGAGCACCGAGGCUAAGCGUACAAGUCCGGAGAGUCCUUGCCCCAAGGAAGACACCUCGUUGUGCAGCCAGGCAAAGAGCAAAUGCGUGGUGAGUCCCAGCGUCCAGCAGGGCACUGCUGCAAGUGAUGAGGAAGAGACCAUGUCUGUAGUAGAUCAGUGGCCUGAGCCAGUCAUUGCACCAAGUGACAAGGCAGCAGACGACCGUGUGCUGGGUCUUUCCCCCCACCAAGGCACUGCUGUGGGCAGCAAGUCAGAGAGUCAAGGCGUGGCAGCAAGUUGUGGCCUGAAAGAAGGCGCUGCUGGAAGUAGUGAGACAGAGAGCCUGCCUGUGGCAGAUCCGGUCCCCAAGCAAGGCACCUCUGCGAGUGGUGAGACAGAGAACAAGUGCCCGGAGGUCCCCAGCUCCCAGCAAGACAUUGGUCCAAACAUCAAAGCAAGGCAAGGAGAUACGGAGCCGGUACUGGUACCUGGAAGCGUUUGUCCUGGUUCAGUUUGCCUGCCAGGUGAGGCUGCUGUGAGCUCCCAGCCUGUGAGCAAAAAGGCAGAAACCUCUGAUGUGGCCAGCCCAAGUCCCCCGCCGGGAACGUCUGGGCCCUGCAAGGCAGAGAACGAAGAUGCGGAGCAGGAGCUGGUAGUUAGCAUUCCUCUUUCCUUAGUUUGCCUGCCAGGUGAGGCUGCGGUGAGCUCCCAGCCUGUGAGCAAAAAGGCGGAAACCUCUGAUGUGGCCAGUCCAAGUCCCCAGCCAGGAACACCUGGGCCCUGCAAGGCAGAGAACAAAGAUGUGGAGCUGGGAGCUGGAAGCGUUCCUCCUUGCCCAGGAGAGGCUGCUGUGAGCUCCCAGCCUGUCACUAUCAAGGCAGAAACCUCUGAUGUGGCCAGCCCAAGUCCCCAGCCAGGAACAUCUGGGCCCUGCAAGGCAGAGAACAAAGAUGUGGAGCAGGAGCUGGUAGCUGGAGGCAUUCCUCCCUGCCCAGGAGAGGCUGCUGUGAGCUCCCAGCCUGUCACUUUCAAGGCAGAAACCUCCGAUGUGGCCGGUCCAAGUCCCCAGCCAGGAACAUCUGGACCCUGCAAGGCAGAGAACAAAGAUGUGGAGCAGGAGCUGGUAGCUGGAAGCAUUCCUCCCUGCCCAGGAGAGGCUGCUGGGAGCUCCCAGCCUGUGAGCAUCAAGGCAGAAACCUCUGAUGUGGCCAGUCCAGGUCCCCAGCCAGGAACAUCUGGGCCCUGCAAGGCAGAGAACAAAGAUGUGGAGCAGGAGCUGGUUCUUGGAAGCGUUCCUCCUUGCCCAGGGGAGCCUGCUGUGAGCUCCCAGCCUGUGAGCAUCAAGGUAGAAACCUCUGAUGUGGCCAGCCCAAGUCCCCUGCUAGGAACACCUGGGCCCUGCAAUGCAGAAAACGAAGAUGUGAAGCAGGAGCUGGCACUUGGAAGCGUUCCUCCCUGCCCAGGAGAGGCUGCUGUGAGCUCCCAGCCUGUGAGCAUCAAGGCAGAAACCUCUGAUGUGGCCAGUCCAGGUCCCCAGCCAGGAACACCUGGGCCCUGCAAGGCAGAAAACGAAGAUGUGAAGCAGGAGCUGGCACUUGGAAGUGUUCCUCCCUGCCCAGGAGAGGCUGCUGUGAGCUCCCAGCCUGUGAGCAUCAAGGCAGAAACUUCUGAUGUGGCCAGCCCAAGUCCCCAGCCAGGAACACCUGGGCUCUGCAAGGCAGAAAACGAAGAUGUGAAGCAGGAGCUGGCACUUGGAAGCGUUCCUCCCUGCCCAGGAGAGGCUGCUGGGAGCUCCCAGCCUGUGAGCAUCAAGGUAGAAACGUCCGAUGUUGACAGUCCAAGUCCCCAGCCGGGAACGUCUGAGCCCUGCAAGGCAGAGAACAAAGAUGCCGAGCAGGAGCUGUUACUUGGAAGCGUUCCUCCUUGCCCAGAAGAGGCUGCGGUGAGCUCCCAGCCUGUGAACAUCAAGGCAGAAACCUCCGAUGUGGCCAGCCCAAGUCCCCCGCCGGGAACACCUGGGUCCUGCAAGGCAGAGAACGAAGUGGUGGAGCAGAAGCUGGUAGCUGGAAGCAUUCCUCCCUGCCCCGGAGAGGCUGCUGUGAGCUCCCAGCCUGUGAGCAUCAAGGCAGAAACCUCUGAUGUGGCCAGCCCAAGUCCCCCGCCGGGAACGUCUGGGCCCUGCAAGGCAGAGAACAAAGAUGUGGAGCAGGAGCUGGCACUUGAAAACGUUCCUCCGUGCCCAGGAAAUCCCGAACGCGCCUCCAAGCGGCGAGUGUGGAUUUGUGGGCAGUCCGUGGUCGUCUCUGCCGAGAAGCAGGCAUCUGGCACCGAGGCAGGAUCCCAGCUGGGCUUGGAGGAGGGUGUCAUUCUGGAGUGGCACGGGCAGGAAGGCCUCACCUGGACGCAGCUGGUGCCCCUGCUGCAGAGCCUGGCGGCUCAGGGGCAGGCCCCAGAUGUGCUGGUCGUCCACCUUGGCGAGAGUGACCUAGAGGGUCACCGCGGGGCUCCGCUGGCUUCCACCAUCAGGAAGGAGCUGGAGCUCGUGAAGGAACUCUUCCCUCAGGCCCGAAUACUGUGGUCCAACCUGCUCUUAAGGAGGCGUGGCUCUGGCAAGGCGGGCUCUCGCACGGUGAACCGGGCGCGCACCGUGGUGAACCUCGAAAUGGGGCCGUUCGUUGCCACUCUCGGGGGUGCCGUCAUCGAGCACCAGGCAAUUCUGCACACCGACCCCGAUUUCUAUACAGACGGCGACAAUCUCUCCGGCCGUGGCCUCGACCUGUUUCUGGAGGACGUUAAAAACGGGAUACUGGCUCACUUGCAGUCUUGACAGCGCGAGGAAGGUAGAGGCGUCCAACGUUAGCUUUCCAGCUCUCCACGCGUGCGCGUAUUUUUCAGGGAACCUUUUGAUCUGGAAUAUGAAUGUGAAUGCAUUGGAAAAGGUGGUCUCCCUGCUGAGGGGAAGGCACAGAAAAGCAGCCGGGACUUCCUGCUGCCAGGGGGAGGUUUCCCGCGUCCAGUUUGUUGGCGCCAGAGCAGAGGCCGUGGCCCCCUCCUGUGUCGGGGGGGUGGGAUCUUUGACAGCAGUCGGACGGGGCACAGGAAGAGGCAG